UCGCCGCUCGCCGUGGUUCCCAGGCUUCGGCCUCCGGCGGGCGAGGUUCCCGGGGCCUGCGGGGUUACACGCCGUCUGGCCGGGCCGGCACCCAGCGGGCGCGGGGCUGUGCGGGCUCAGGCCCAGAACCGGCUCCCCGGGAACGGCGGCCCCAGGAGGCGGAGGAGGAGCAGCCUCCGUCCCGGAGCCUUCGGGAGCCUUGGGGCAGCUCGGCGGGUCCCGACGGGGUCUACUGUUAACAGUCUGUGUGUUUUUCCAAGAGCAGCAGAAAAUGGAUGAAUCCCAGGGGCCAGUGUCAUUCAAGGAUGUGGCCGUGGACUUCACCCAGGAGGAGUGGCAGCAGCUGGAGCCCGAUGAGAAGACCACGUACCGGGAUGUGAUGCUAGAGAACUACAGCCAUCUCGUCUCUGUGGGGUACGACAGUACCAAACCGAAAGUGAUCCUCAAGUUGGAGCAGGGAGAGGAGCCAUGGAUAGCCGAAGGUGAUCUGCCGUGUCAGAGUCAUCCCGAAAUAGUCUGGAAAGUUGGUGACCGGCUAGAGAGAAUCCCAGGAAAAGAAGAUGAACAUUCAAGGCAAGCUAUUUCUAUCAACAGCAAAACCCCGAUUGAAGAGAGAGAGAAUGCAUUUGAUAAAACAUGUAAUGUGGAAACAAGCCUUGUUCCUUCAAACAUAACAUCUCAUACUUGUGUCUCAUGUGGAAAGAAUUUAGAGUCUACUUCAGAAUUAAUUAUUAGUGAUGGAAGCUAUGCAAGAAAGAAACCUGAUGAGUGUAGUGAAUGUGGGAAGAUGUACCACAGAGGGAAACCCUAUGAAUGUAAUCAAAAUGGGGAAGGCUAUUCUCAGAAUGAAGAGAGCAUUCUUCAGAAAAUUAAUAUUUUGGAGAAACCCUUUGAAUAUAAUGAAUGCAUGGAAGCCUUAGACAAUGAAGCUGUUUUCCUUGCUCAUAAGAGAGCUUAUAUGGGGGAAAAGCCCUACGAGUGGAAUGACUCUGGGUCAGACUUCAUCCAGAUGUCAAAUUUUAAUGUAUACCAGAGGUCACAGAUGGAAUUGAAGCCCUUUGAAUGCAGUGAAUGUGGAAAAUCCUUCUGUAAAAAGUCAAAGUUAAUCAUACAUCAGAGGGCCCACACAGGAGAGAAACCUUAUGAAUGUAACGUAUGUGGGAAAUCCUUCAGCCAAAAGGGGACCCUCACCGUCCAUCGGAGAUCACACUUAGAGGAGAAGCCCUAUAAAUGUACCGAGUGUGGGAAAACUUUCUGUCAGAAGUUACAUCUCACCCAGCACCUGAGAACUCAUUCAGGUGAGAAGCCCUAUGAAUGUAAUGAGUGUGGGAAAACCUUCUGCCAAAAGACCCAUCUCACCCUACACCAGAGGAAUCAUUCAGGAGAGAGACCCUAUCCCUGUAACGAAUGUGGGAAAUCCUUCUCCCGCAAGUCUGCCCUCAGUGACCACCAGAGAACGCAUACAGGAGAGAAACUUUACAAAUGUAAUGAAUGUGGGAAGUCCUACUACCGAAAAUCUACCCUUAUUACACAUCAGAGGACCCACACGGGAGAGAAACCCUAUCAGUGCAGCGAGUGUGGGAAGUUCUUCUCUCGGGUGUCGUACCUCACUAUACAUUAUAGAAGUCACUUAGAAGAGAAACCCUAUGAAUGUAAUGAGUGUGGGAAAACCUUCAAUUUAAAUUCAGCCUUCAUUAGACAUCGGAAAGUACACACAGAUGAGAAGCCCCACGAAUGUAGUGAAUGCGGAAAGCUCUCUCAGUUCUCAUAUCUCACUGACCAUCCUACAGCUCCUUUAGGAGACAAACCCUAUGAAUGUAAUGAAUGUGGGAAAAUCUUCCUUGACAGUUCAGCCUUCAAUGGGCACCAAUCACUUCCAAAAGGGGAGAAAUCCUAUGAAUGUAACAUCUGUGGAAAAUUGUUCUCUGAGUUGUCAUACUACACUCUACAUUACAGAAGUCACUCGGAAGAGAAACCCUAUGGAUGCAGUGAAUGUGGGAAAACCUUCUCCCAUAAUUCAUCCCUCUUUAGACAUCAAAGAGUGCAUACAGGAGAGAAGCCCUAUGAGUGUUAUGAGUGUGGGAAGUUCUUCUCUCAGAAGUCCUAUCUCACCAUCCACCACCGGAUCCAUUCGGGAGAGAAGCCCUAUGAAUGUAGUAAAUGUGGGAAAGUCUUCUCUCGGAUGUCAAACCUCACUGUACACUAUAGAAGCCAUUCAGGAGAGAAGCCCUACGAAUGUAAUGAAUGUGGAAAAGUUUUUUCUCAGAAGUCAUACCUCACAGUACACUAUAGGACUCAUUCGGGAGAGAAACCCUACGAAUGUAACGAGUGUGGGAAAAAAUUCCACCACAGGUCAGCCUUCAAUAGCCAUCAGAGAAUUCACAGGAGAGGGAAUGUGAAUGUACUGGAUGUGGAGACGCUCCUGUGAAGUCAAAACGCUCUGAGUAUGACGAAAUCUAAUAGGGAGACAGAUGUCACUGAGAGCUCGUGUUUCUGAAUGGGGAAAACCAUUUAGGCAUUAGAUUCAUCUCCACCUGAUUUCUCACAGAGAAGGAUCCCUAGGAAUGCAAGAAGCAGCAAAGCCUUCAGCGAGAUCCUACAACCCAUUGGGCACGAGAUGAUUUAUACAGGAGUGAAACUUGAUGAAUAUUUAAUAUUUAUUUUGGAAUUCAAAUUGUAUUUACAUAUCAGGGAAUCAUACCAAGGCGAGAUCUGUCAGAGUGAUGAAUGUGGGAAAACAUUGUCUUGGAAAUUGUUAUACUAAAAGCCAUAUUUCUGAUGUAAAUUCCAAUGUUUAUAGGAAAGCUAUCAGAAGCUGUCAGCUCUGAAUAAACCAUUGUAUAAAAUGAAGUUUUGGAAUCAUCAGGAGUUUAUAAUGAGGACAAAAACAUUAAACACAUAUAUGGCAGUUUCUAUCAUGUUUUUAAAAUGCGGUCUAAUAGUAAUUCUAUGCAAAUUUGGAUUUGAAUUAUUUGGGAAAAGGAAGUAUUCUGAGUAUUAAGGUGGCAAAAUGUACUAACACAGGAUAUGUGUUGUUGGUGAGACGUUUGCUAUGCACCAGAUGGUUAAAUGCAUACUUUUUUGUUUGUUGGGAGGCAUUGACAAAUGGGUUUUUGGCGAAUGCCCCAUCAAUAAAGGCUAAGCUGGUGGUUUUUGUAGCGUUUUCAACUACAUUUGAACAAAAAAAGAUUUUAAAGACAUUAUUUUCAUAAACUAUGCAUAGAUGAUUUGGAGUUAAGUCUGUGUCAGUAAAAGGGCAUCCACACAGUUUAUCUGUAAACAGCACACAGCUCUCAUGCCACUCUGCUUGUCUAAUCCAUAGGUUUGAGUGCGUGGUGUGCCAAUAUUAUGUAAUUCAGAAACUUCAUCUCCUUUUAUUUGACGUGAAUACUAUGUCACAUUAUUUUGUGCACUGCUCCUCAUUCCCAGUAUUGUGGAACAAAUACAAGUUUCUGGCAGUUUUAGUUGAUUAACUCAGUGUCCUUUCUCCCCUUAUUCCUUGCUGGAAGAGUUUGUUCACCAUUUCCUCACAUGACACAGAGGGUGAAUCCUGAUUCAUCUAAACCAAUCAUGAUAAUUCCAUUCUGAUUGCCAGUAACCUGUUUAUGGUGGUCACAUGACCCAGUUCACUGGGCCAAGGAAUGCAAGGGUCAUUUAAUAAUCAAAAGUUAAUCACUGGACUACAUUAUGGAAACAGUCUAGGAUGCAGAAAAGUCACGUGGUAAAGUCAGCAUCCAUUAAUGUUCUUCAUAAGCUAUGGAUUUGAAAGGAACUUCCCUACUUGGAUGAAAAGUAUCUAAAACUGCAACCACCAGCCUACCUAAUACUGAAAUACUGAAAGUUUUCUCCAGGAUGCAAAAAAAAAAAAAAA